AUGCACGACUCGGAAUUUGCCCCUACAAUCGACGACCUAGACUCUCGCUCCUCGAACCCGCUCAUGCGUUUCCUCUCCUCCAUUGGCACCACGCUAAACGACUACAUAAUCGAACCACUCGGCACCCUCAAACGCUUCGUUGUCCUCUUCUCCCUCUUCUUGCCCGUACUCCUCACCAUGCCCAUGCUCCUCGAGGGGCGAUGGGGCGCGAUAUGGUGGUACUCCUUCCUCGUUCACCAGAUGCAGCUCGCAGGUCCUACAUUCAUCAAGCUAGCCCAGUGGGCCGGCUCUCGGCAGGACCUCUUCCCCGCUUCCCUCUGCGAACGGUUAGGCAAGUUGCACUCCAAUGGCAAACCGCACUCGCUGCGUUACACGAAGCGGGUGAUUUCUCGCGUCUUCGGACGACCCUUUGAGGAGAUCUUUGAGGAGUUUGGCGAGGAGCCACUGGGCAUUGGAGCGGUUGCGCAGGUUUACAAGGCGAAGCUGCGCCCGGGGGUCGCGCCUGUUGGGCCUGGUGGUGGGAGGGGGAAGCGCUCCAAGUCGAAGGGGAAGACGCAGGUCGUUGUAGCUGAUAAGCAGGGGGAACAAGAGGGGGAGGAGGCGCCGAGACAGAGCGUGGCGAUUAAAGUGUUGCAUCCUAAGGUGCACCGCACUAUAGCGCGUGAUAUCCGCAUCAUGACCUUCUUCGCUCGCCUGCUCAACCUCUUUCCGGGGGCCGAAUGGCUUUCCUUCCCAGAAGAGGUGCAAGUCUUCUCCGGCAUGAUGUUCUCCCAGCUCGACCUACGCAACGAGGCCAAGAACCUGCUGCGCUUCGAAGAAUCGUUCUCUACUCGAGCGGACCCCAUCUCCUUCCCCCGCCCCUUACCCAAAUUCACGACCAAGGAGGUGCUGAUCGAGGAGUACGAGGAUGCGGUGCCGCUGAAGCAUUUCUUGAACAAUGGAGGGGCAGGGUUCGAUCAUAGAAUCGCGACGCUGGGACUAGAUACGUUCUUGUAUAUGCUGCUCUUGGACAACUUUACGCAUGCGGAUCUGCACCCGGGCAACAUUAUGAUCAAGUUCUUCCACCCCACGCGCUCCUCCCGCUUGCACGCCCUCUUCGCCCGCCUCAUGUCUCCGUUUGACUCGGACUAUCGUCUGGGCGGGCCCAAAGCCCCUCCUUCAGCAGACAGUCGCGCAGAGGAGGACGUGGUAGCUCGCCUCCAAUCCCUCAAGCACAACCCUCAAGCCUGGUCAGAUGAGCUCGAUCGUCUCGACUCCCUCGGGUACGAGCCGGAGCUAGUCCUCCUCGACGCCGGCUUGACGGUGGAACUCACUCCCUUGAAUCGUCGCAACUUCCUUGAUCUCUUCUCCGCCGUCGCCCAAUUCGACGGGGAGCUCGCUGGCAACCUAAUGGUGGAGCGAUGUCGCACCCCGGACCUGGUGGUGGAUAAAGAAGGGUUCGCGCUUAAGAUGCAGAGGCUGGUGCUGAGCGUCAAGAGCAAGACGUUCAGUCUCGCCCAGAUCAAGAUUAGCGAUGUGCUUACCGAGGUGUUAAUGGCUGUGCGAGAUCACCACGUCAAGAUGGAGGCGGACUUUGUCAAUACGGUCAUCUCCAUCCUGCUGCUCGAGGGGAUUGGACGACAGUUGGACCCGGGUAUGGAUCUAUUCAAGAGCUCGUUACCCAUCUUGCGCUCAUUGGGUAGACAGAUUGGGAGACAGGAGGCAAAGAGGGGGAUGCAUUUGCCUGAUCGUGGGCAGUUGAAGGAUUUGAGCCCGAUGAUCAAGGUGUGGAUCUGGUUGGAGGCAAAGAGUUGGUUGGAUGGGUUGGCCGAUACGGAGACGAUGUUGAGUACGUAUGAUUUUGCGUGA